CAGGAGAAGAUGGCAUACAGCGACGAGGAGCUUAACGGCCCCAACUCUGACGAGGUCUCGGAUGCCUCCGAUCCCGAUGAGAGCAGGAAGCAUCUCGCUCCUUUCCAACGCAAACCGUACAGGAAGAGGGACAAGUCGAAGAUUAUCAUCACCCAGGGCAUCACCGUAUCCGGCCCGUCAAGAAAGUUGGGCGAGGUCGUUCAGCUACCUGAGAUCUGAGCUCAGCACAUGGAUGAACCAGUCGGCGCUGCAUCAAGCGAGACUCUCGCAGCACAAUGACGACGUGAAGCAACGGAGGGAGGGAGGGAAGGAGGUCUUCAGUGUAAUUUACGAUAACGUGAACAUUUUCCGUAAAGCCCAAGGGUUGUUCC